GGCCCGGGAGGAAGGGAAGGAAGGCUGACGUGUCCCACCGGGGCUGCCGGGCUGCGCAUGCGACCCCGCGGCAGCGGCCAUGGAGGAGGCGGGAGGAGCGGGCCCGUCCGUGCUGUUCCUGCACCCGGACCUGGGGCUGGGCGGCGCGGAGCGGCUGGUGGUGGACGCGGCGCUGGCGCUGCGGGCGCGGGGCUGCCGGGUGCAGAUCUGGACGGCGCACUACGAUCCCGGGCGCUGCUUCGCCGAGACGCGCGGGCUGGCGGUGCGGAGGGCGGGCGGCUGGCUCCCGCGCAGCCUGUGCGGCCGUGGGCACGCCCUGUGCGCGGCCCUCCGCAUGAUCUUCGUGGCCCUCUACGUGCUGCUGCUCAGCGGGGAGACCUUCGACGCCUUCGUGUGCGACCAGGUGUCUGCCUGCAUUCCUGUACUUAGACUGGCCAGAACCCGUAAGAAAGUUUUGUUUUACUGUCACUUUCCCGAUCAACUGCUGACCAAGAGAGAAUCUUUCCUGAAGCGCCUCUACAGAUUGCCGCUCGACUGGCUGGAAGAGUACACGACUGGCAUGGCAGACUGCAUCGUUGUGAACAGCAAGUUCACUGCCAGCGUGUUCAAAGACACCUUUAAGUCCCUAUCUCACAUAAACCCAGAUGUCCUCUACCCAUCGCUCAACAUCAGUAGCUUUGAAGAAAUUGUUCCUGCAGACACAGCCGAUCUGAUACCGAAGAAGAAAAAGUUCUUGUUUCUUUCCAUUAAUAGGUAUGAGAGAAAAAAGAAUCUAGCAUUGGCUCUCGAAGCUUUGCAUGAACUUCGGGGGAGACUUGGUUCUCAUGAGUGGGAUGAAGUUCACCUGGUUAUGGCAGGUGGUUAUGAUAAGCGAGUUCUGGAAAACGUGGAGCACUAUGAAGAGUUGAGGAGACUCGCAGACAAGCUUGGUGUUAAUGACCAUGUGACUUUUCUGAGAUCAUUCUCAGAUGAACAGAAGAUCUCUCUUUUUAGUAACUCUGUAUGUGUGCUUUAUACACCAAGCAAUGAACAUUUCGGCAUUGUCCCUUUGGAGGCAAUGUAUAUGAGAUGUCCAGUUAUAGCAGUUAAUUCAGGUGGUCCUUUAGAAUCAAUCUCACAUAAUGUUACAGGAUUUUUGUGUGAUCCUCUGCCAACCCAAUUUGCUGAUGCCAUGGAAAAAAUUGUGAGAGAUCCUCUCUUAAAAGACACAAUGGGAGCAGCUGGGAGAGUGAGAGUUAUGGAAAAAUUUUCUUCAGAAGCUUUCUCAGAACAGCUGUACCAAUACAUACGCAGAUUAACAGAAUAAAAUUAUAUUCCUGUGUUAUAUUUUA